AUUCAUUUCAAUGAAAUUUCAAUAAAACAAAAUUUUCAGCUUGUAAUACACCUCGGUGUUCAUCAACGAACUCAUUUAAUUACAUUGGAACAGCAAAGUUCGAAAGUUUAUUACUGUCUACCGGAUGUAAAAUGUUAUUUCUUUUUUAUUCUCUUAUUUUUUAUAAUUGUGAUCAUGACUAGCCUUUGUGAAAAUAACUCAUCGAGAAUGGUUCUAGUUCGGUCUUUCCCAUCUUUUGCAUUUGAGGAUAAUUACUUUAUCAGUUUAUUUAGUUUAUUUAUUUUACUUUUCAGAUAUCUAUGUGCAUAUGCAUAUUAUAUAUCGUUGAAUAGGAGUAGAGAAAAGUCAUUAUUUGUUCAUAUUCCGGAGUUUGAUGAAAUUUGUACCGAAGAAGUUCUCAUAAAUAUUGUCAAAGAAAUUAUACGUAUUUGUCUCGACCAUCUGAAAAAUUAA